CGUGCAGGUACAGACUAUAGACCAGUCAGCCAUAUAAGAAUAUAGGAUCAGAAUGGCACAGAUAAUUGGACCCAAGGUUGACUUGUUUUUCAAAUGCAAGGACCUCGCUGAUUUAGAUGUGAGAUCCAAGUCAGAUCCACAAAUCUGGUUGUAUUCUUGCGAGGGUGGCGCGCUCAAGAACGAUAUACUCGUUGGUAAAACCGAGAUUAUCAAGGAUAACUUGAAUCCGGUCUUUGCAACGUCUAUACGAGUUGACUACAUGUUUGAGAAGAAUCAGGAAUUCAAGUUUAUUGUGGUAGAUGUGGAUGAAACUCACGGUGCUUUAAAUGAUCAAGAAAUUAUCGGUGAAAUUAAGUGUACUCUAGGUGAGAUAAUAGGAAGUGCGGGUAUGUCCAGGGAACUGCGCUUGGAACGGAAGAAUAAGCGCUCUAUGACAGGCAUGCUAUUUGUGUCUUCUGAGGUAGUAGUAGACUCAAUUCAGAUUGUGAACGUUGAAUUUCAAGCCUCGGGACUUGAUAACAAAGAUGGGCUAUUCGGAAAAAGCGAUCCCUUCUUGCGCAUAUACAGACAGAGAGUAAACGGCAAGUUUGACGCAGUCUACAAGACAGACUACCUCAAGAACACAUGCAAUCCAGUGUGGCCGCAGUUUUCCGUGUCUCUACAAGCACUGGCUAAUGGGGAUAUAAACCGCACGCUGCGUAUCGACUGUCUGGACUACGAUGCCGAUGGUAGCGAGGACUUCAUUGGUUCUUGCACCACCUCCAUCGCUGGGUUACAGAGUGGUCGUGCAAUGCACUUGAUCAACGAAAAAAAGCAACAGAAGAAGAAGAAAUACAAACACUCGGGCGUGUUGGAGUGUCAUAAAUGCGACAUCCGCACUCAACCAGGCUUCCUAGACUAUCUUCGGGGAGGACUUCAGAUGAAUCUGAUGAUCGGCGUCGACUUCACCGCUUCCAACGGUGAUGUGAAAUACCCGCAGUCGUUGCACUACAACAACCCGCAAGCACCAAAUGAAUACGUACGCGCUAUUCAAUCAGUGGGACAAAUUCUGUCCAACUACGACCACGAUCAAAAUUUCCCGGUGUUUGGCUUUGGCGGCUAUCUAUCCGCCACGAAUGAGACAUCGCACUGUUUCCCAUUGAACGGCAGCAAUAUCAACCCAGCGGCGCAUGGUGUAGGUGGAGUGCUUGGUGCCUACUCACACGCAUUGCAGAAUGUACAGUUAUCCGGACCUACUUACUUUAACAAGGUGAUCAAGCGUGCAACGAAGGAUAGCAAGGGAUGUAGCCAGGGCAACCAGACGUACACGGUGUUGAUGAUACUCACUGACGGCGAAAUUUGUGACUUGCAGCAAACUGUCGAUGCCAUUGUGGAAGCGUCCGCUAAGGCAAUCUCUAUAGUCAUCGUGGGAGUGGGCAGUGCAGACUUCUCUUCAAUGGACAAGUUAGAUGCUGACGUUACACCUUUAAUUGAUACUAAGGGCAAAACCAUGAUACGUGACACGGUUCAGUUCGUACCCUUCAGACAGUUCACUAACAUGAACGACAUCGCUGAGGCUACCCUUCGAGAAAUUCCUGACCAGGUGGUCAGCUACAUGCAGAGCAAGAACAUCACACCAGGCAAAUGCGUGUAUGCGCCUGUAAAUACACAGAGCUGUGUGGUUCCCCAAAUAACUGGUGGGGCUUAUCCACCACAGCCCGCGGCGUCUCUGCAAUUCUAAUAAGUGUUGUCAGCAUCUAGAUUUGUCCUUGCGAGAAGAAGGUAGAUGCAGAAGAGUGCCGGGCCUAGAAGAGUGAAGUUGCCAGUGGCACACACACGUACGCAUACAGUAGGAAUCUGUAACGCGUCUUGUAUACAUGCACUGCUUGUAGAUAAAAAAUAAUAUGGAAAAAAUGACACGGUGGAAAAUAGAUUCAUAUGUAUAAAAGUUGAAUUUAGCUACAAGUAAAACACCCUAGAUCAAAAUGCCCAAUCAACAAGCGUAAUUGUAAGUUGGCGAUAUUCAAUUUGAAUUCCGA